GGGGGAGAGAAGACGGCCGGGUCCACGAGCCUGCAGGCAGCGGGACGAGUCUCAGAGCCUCCGGCCCCGACCACUGCCACCGCCGGCGGGGGUAGUGCGGGCACUAAACAGCCCGCGAGGAGCUCCUCCUUGGAGCGCGCCCGGGUCGGUUGGAGUCCGGCAUGGCCGGGAGCCCGGCGGAGUUACUGCUGCCGCCUCUGAUGCUCCUGCUGCUGGCGACCCCUGCCCAGUUCUCCCCCGAGUACCAUUAUUUCGGCGAGCAGGACGAAGGCGACACCUGGGAGCAGCUGCGGCAGCAGCAUCAGGAGAAAGAGGAAGGCAAGGGGGGUAGGUUCCUCCCUACCUGGUCCUCCAUCCCUAGAAGUGUUGGACUCGAUCCUUGGCCCGUGGGGAAAGUGGCGCUGUUUCUGUGACCUGGGCAAGCAAGAGCGCAGCCGCGAGGUGGUGGGCACAGCGCCGGGCCCGGUGUUCAUGGACCGCGAAAAUCUGGUGCAAGUGCGGCCCUGCAGACAACGUGACUGUAUGUCCUGCCAACCGACCGAUUGCGACUGGAGGCCCUGAACCCGGGUCCUGACUGGGUGGAAUCCUCCGAGACCCGCAUCAAUUUCCCCUUUAUUUCUCCAUCCAACGACCAGCCCCGACGGGCGGGGCUUCAGAGAUUCAGGGGCGGAGCUUGGAAAGCGACCCCGCCCACCCCGUUCCCCAAACGUAGAGUUCGGCCGUCGGCCUCGGGAACUACAAUUCCCAAGAGGCCACACGGCAGGAGCUUCGGCGGCCACUGCGCAAACGUUAACGGCGGCAGGCGCACCGGGGGCGUGUCCUGCGCACCGAUUGGUCGGGAGCGAGAGCCGCUUCCGGACCCGCGGAAAUCGCGCGCCGAGACCUGGGCCGGCAGAUUUCAUUGUUGAGGCUUGUAGCGGCGGCACAGGCAACAUGGAUCUCAGCGAGCUGGACAGAGACAGUACGGGCCGCUGUCGCCUGAAGUCGCCUGUGCCUGCGGUGUGCCGCAAGGAGCCCUGCAUCCUGGGUGUCGAUGAAGCGGGACGGGGCCCCGUGCUGGGCCCCAUGGUCUACGCCAUCUGUUAUUGCCCCCUGUCUCGUCUGGCAGAUCUGGAAGCCCUGAAAGUGGCAGACUCAAAGACCCUAUCGGAGAGCGAGCGAGACAGGCUCUUUGUGAAAAUGCAGGAGGACGGGGACUUUGUGGGCUGGGCAUUGGACGUGCUGUCUCCAAACCUCAUCUCUACCAGCAUGCUUGGGCGGGUCAAGUACAACCUGAAUUCCCUCUCGCAUGAUACAGCCACUGGGCUGGUACAGUUUGCAUUGGACCAGGGUGUGAAAGUUGCCCAGGUGUUUGUGGACACCGUGGGGCUGCCAGACACCUACCAAGAGCGGCUGCAGCAGCGCUUUCCCGGCAUCGAGGUGACAGUCAAGGCCAAAGCGGAUGCCCUGUACCCUGUGGUCAGCGCCGCCAGUAUCUGUGCCAAGGUGGCCCGUGACCAGGCUGUGAAGAAUUGGCACUUUGUGGAAAAACUACAGGGCCUGGACGCCGAUUAUGGGUCCGGUUACCCCAACGAUCCCAAGACCAAAGCCUGGCUGAGGAAGCAUGUGGAGCCCGUGUUCGGCUUCCCCCAGUUUGUCCGGUUCAGCUGGCGCACGGCCCAGAGCAUCCUGGAGAAGGAGGCAGAAGGCGUUAUGUGGGAGGACUCACUGACAGGGGAUCAGGAGGGACCUGGGAGGAUCACGUCCUACUUCAGCGAAGGCGCCCGAGUCCGCCCCCGCCUGCCCCACCGGUACUUCCAGGAGCGGGGUCUGGAGUCAGCCACCACUCUCUAGGCGCCGGCCUGUUCUCGUUUCUGUGCCUUCGCCACCCCCCCCCCCGCCCCCGCUUGGUGAUUAAAGUUCUUUUUAUGUUUU